GCGCGCCGCGGCCCCUCACACGGGCGGGGAGAGCGGCGGAGGGCGCUCGGGGCCGGCGCAGCCGGGCAGCGGCCGUGGGGGACGCGCCAGCCGCGCCGCUUCACGCACCUUCCCCUCCCUUUGCUCACCCGCUUCAAAAGUUUUGUCCGCGGAGCGUCCGCGGUGCCGGCCGGGGCACCCGCCGUGGGCGCCGCCCGUGCCCGCCGGGGUUGGCGCGGAGGGCGCCGCGGGCGCGGAGCGAUGGCGCGGGCGGCGGGCGCGGAGAGCUGAGGGCGGAGGAGCCCCCGGAGGAGCCCCGGGGCCGGGCGGGACGUGGCCCGGCGCCUCGGCAGCCCCCGGCAUGGCGCGGGCGGCCCGGCUGCUGCUCGGAGCGCUGCUCUGCGGAGUGACAGAGUGUCGAGGGGUCUUGGACAAUAACCAGCGAUUUUCUUCACUACCAACGUACCUACCUGUGAGCUAUCGGCUCUUCAAUGCCGAGACGUCUUUCUUCCUCAAAGAAGCCAACCAGGACUUCAUGAGAAAUUCCAGUUUGCAGUCCAGGGUGGAGUCCUUCUUCCCAUACAAAGCCAAGAGACCGCCCGUGCUAAACGCCAGCUACGGACCCUUCUCCGUGGAGCAAGCAGUGCCCCAGGACCUCAUGCUGACUUCCAGCUCUUUUGGAUCCGCCAACAAGUUCACCUACAACUGGAAGCUGCAGGCCUACAUCAUGAGCACCAAGAUCUACCUGAGCAAGCCCAGGGUGCAGGUGCUGUUCUACAUCGUGGGCAGGGACUGGGACGAGUACAGCCCCGCGGAGCGGCUGCCCUGCCUGCGCGUGUUCGCCUUCCGCGAGACGCGCGAGGUGCGCGGCAGCUGCCGCCUGCGGGGGGACCUGGGGCUCUGCGUGGCGCAGCUGGAGCUGCUGCCCGGCUGGUUCAACCCCCCCACGGUGCUCACGGGCCGCAAGAAGCCGGCGGAGCAGCUGGAGGGGAGCCCCGUGGAGCUUUACUACACGGUGCAGCCCGGGGACGAGAAGGGCGAGUGCACGGCCGAGGAUAUCCGCAAGGGCAACGCCAUCCGGCCCGGGAAGGACGGCGUGGAUGAAAGCAUGUCCCACCUGCAGAGGAUUGGCUCUGUCAGCCUCUACCGGGGCCAGGAGGCCUCCCAGCUCACGGAGCUCCGGCUGGACAGCAACGUUGCGGUGUGGCUGCCCUCCAAGCCCGUCAAACAAGGGGAGGUCGUGAGCGUUUACGUGACAAUCGCCAACAACUCCACGGUGGAUCAGUUCAUCCUCAGGGCAAAGGUGAAGAAGGGUGUGAACAUUCUCGGCGCGAGGACGAGCGACCCCCGGCAGUGGGACGUGAAGCAGGAGGUGGGCAAUGGUGGGAAGCACUCCACCACCACGGUCCUUUGUCAGAGGAUAGCCCCAAGUUCAAGGAACAGGAGCACCAGCCUGUUCCACGAGGUCGUGCAGCUGGAGUUUGAGAUCGCCAGCUUCAGCAGCCUGUCGGGCACGCAGCCCAUCAGCUGGCAGGUGGAGUACCCCCAGCACGGCUCCUCCGAGCCCGCCCUGGCCGAGAUCUUCAUCUGCCAGAAGGACCUGGUGGGCAUCGUGCCCCUGGCCAUGGACACGGAGAUCCUGAACACGGCCAUCCUCACGGGCAGGACGGUGGCAGUGCCCGUCAGGGUGGUGUCCAUCGAGGAGAACAGUGCUGUGACAGACAUCUCCGAGUCUGUGGAGUGCAAAUCCUCCGGGGAGGACGUCAUCAAAGUUUCUGACAGGUGUGACUAUGUUUUUGUCAACGGCAAGGAGAUGAAAGGCAAGGUGAACGCCCUGGUGAACUUCACCUACCAGUACCUGAGCGCUCCCCUGCACAUGACAGUGUGGGUGCCACGCCUGCCCCUCCAGAUCGACAUUUCCGACACCGAGCUCAGCCAGAUCAAGGGCUGGCGAGUGCCCGUGCUUUCCAACAAAAGGCCCACCAGGGACAGCGAUGACGAGGACGAGGACGAGCGCAGGGGCAGGGGCUGCACGCUGCAGUACCAGCACGCCAUGGUCAGGGUGCUGACUCAGUUCGUGGCCGAGGACUCGGGCCCCUGGGGCCAGCUGAGCUACCUGCUGGGCUCGGACUGGCACUUUGACAUCACGGACCUGGUGAGGGACUUCAUGAAGCUGGAGGAUCCGCACGUUGCCAGGCUGCAGGAGGGCAGGAUCCUGAUCGGCCGCGAAGUGGGGAUGACCACCAUGCAGGUUUUGUCUCCUCUGUCUGACUCCAUCCUGGCAGAGAAGACAGUGACUGUGCUGGAUGACAAAGUGACCAUCACAGACCUGGGGGUGCAGCUGGUGUCUGGGCUUUCUCUCUUCCUGCAGCCCAGUGCAGCCACCAGCAGGGCCAUUGUGGCCACAGCCGUUGCCCAGGAGCUGCUUCACACUCCUAAGCAGGAAGCUGUGGUAAGCACCUGGAUCCAGUUCAGCGACAGCUCUGUUACCCCUCUGGACAUCUACGACCCCAAGGACUUCUCCCUGUCGGCCGUGUCGCUGGACGAAGCCGUGGUCUCCGUGCACCAGAGCCCUGCCCUGAAGUGGCCCGUGGUGGCGGCGGAGGGCGAGGGCCAGGGAGCGCUGGUCAAGGUGGACAUGAUGAUCUCUGAGGCCUGCCAGAAGUCCAAGAGGAAGAGCGUGCUGGCCGUGGGGAGCGGCAGCAUCCGGGUGAAGUUCGGGCAGAACGACGCGGACGCGGAGGCGGGCGGCGAUUACGACGCCGACGAGAUCGAGAACCGCGCCAGCGACCGGCGCCACAAGGGCCCGGAGCCGGAGCGCCACGGGCACGACGGGCGCCACCACGGCGGCUCCUCGGCAGAGAGGGACGACGGGCCCCUCAGGAAGGCCAGCACCACGGCCAAGUCCAUCCUCAAAAACAAAGUCAUCCGAAACAACCGCCCGGACGGCGGCAAGCUCUCGGACGACGGCCAGCUGCAGAACAUCCCCAUUGACUUCACCAACUUCCCCGCACAGGUGGACCUGCCCAGAGGCGGUGCUGGCAUGGAGGACAGCGACCUGGUGCAGACACCCCGGGGGCUCAGCGACCUGGAGAUCGGCAUGUACGCCCUGCUGGGCGUCUUCUGCCUGGCCAUCCUGGUGUUCCUCAUCAACUGUGCAACAUUUGCACUCAAGUACCGCCACAAGCAGGUGCUGGUGGAAGGACAGACCACCAUGACGCACUCCCACGACUGGGUGUGGCUGGGGAACGAGGCAGAGCUGCUGGAGAACACGGCGGACGCGUCGCCUCAGCAGGACGAGCACACCACCAUCAUCGACCGGGGCUCGGGCGGCGAGGAGAGCAGCCAGCUGCUGAACGGCAGCGCCCCGAAGAACGCCCAGAGCCAGGCGCACAGGGCUGCAGACCCGGGGGGGAGGCUGGGCAAGGAGCACAAGGUGGAGCCUUUGCACUCGCCCACGUCCAAGAGGAAGCGGGUGAAGUUCACCACGUUCACCACCAUCCCGCCCGACGACGGCUGCCCCACCGUCAACUCCAUCCUCAGCAGCCACGACGAUGACAUUAAGUGGGUGUGCCAGGAUAUGGACCUGGGCGACUCCAAAGAGAUCAGAAACUACGCGGGGAAGUUCAAAGACAAAGCGUAGCUCCCUGCUGGGGGUAUUUUUUGGGUUUAACCACACCUUGAUGCCUUCAGUUCUACAGUAUAUAUUGGGACGGGCGAGGGGGAGGCGAAGGGGUCGCCAGGAGAAACGAUGAGGCAGUUUUUAUAAUCAGGGAAAGAAAUUUGCCAAACUGUCCGUGGUUUGUUUUUGUUUUUUGCUUCGUUUUGUUGGGUUUUGUUGUUUGUUUAUUUUUUUUUCCAGUGGUUAUUCUGCUACUCAAGGAUUUAGGAAGUGGAAUACGAAUGGAAAGGAACAAGGAAAGGGUAUGACCAAUUUGAUGAACUGGGCAAGAUGAGGUUGUGAAAAUUCAUUUUAUGGGUCAUACAAAUAAUAAUGAUGGUAAUAUUUCACAGUACCAAAAAUAUCUGUAAAAAGAAAUGAGAGAACAUAAGAGCAUGAAAAGAAUAAGCAAGAGGCAAACAAUUACUUGUUCUGGUUCCAAUAAAACAUCACAGUUAUGGACAUGUGACCCACAAGGAGACUUUUUGUAUUGGUACUCAAGCCAUUUCUUCUCAUUCCUUCAUUUGAAAUGAAGAUGUGUCUCUGGCAUUACAUGUGAAGGAGGAAGAAAUUACCUGGUAUUUUCAUUUUUACUUUUCCAUUUGUCUUGUAAAUUGAAACAGAAUCAUUCUCCCUCUUGUAUUUUUCUUUUAAAUAUCUUGAAAACAGGAAAAUUUAAAAUUCAAUAAGUUCACAGUGGGACAAGAACAUUCUGUUUCUAAGGCAGCUGUAAACAGUCUCCUGUCAUUUAAAGAAUUCAGGGGAUAAGUAUUGACUAAUAAUUUCCACGUGGUGUCUCUUCUGAAAGCCUGAGCCUCCAUUUCUCCCUGCCUAGAAAGAUGUUCUGUUUGGAAGAAUUUUCCUUUUCCUUUCAGGCUGGGGUUGUUUGUUUAGUUGCUGGUUUUAAAUCUCCACAACCAAAGUCCCUGUGUUUCACCAAGGGAAGCAGGUGCUGUUUUCUGUUAGCUUUUAGAGGCACCAAGCAAUGGGAGUGCCCCACUGGUGCAUUGUAAGUGUUCCUGGAACUGGGACCACCACAGGCCAAAUAUGCACAGCCUGCAGUUGGGUUGGUUUGGGGUUGUUUUUGGUUUUUUUUUUUGCCAGGUUCAUGAAUUCCUAAUUUUGUGCUGCAGUUUUCUGUUUAUUCUGGUGUCACCAGCUCUCAUCAAGCUCUGAAAGCAAGAAGAGGAAUGGACAGAAAGACCCUGAUUGCCCCAAACGUUUUUUCCCGUGUGCUGGGGGAGCUGGCCUCUGGGCACACUCUUGGGAGGGAGGGAGGGAAAUAUUGCUGAAGCAAGAACAAGAAAUACCUGGAGCUGUUUUAUAGAUUUUUAUUUUUUUUUACCAUUGGACCAGCGAAGACUGAAAAGCUUAGACUAGACUGUAAAUCUGAAUUUUGAAUAAACAAAUGCCAAGGCAGUAAUAAAUCAGAAGCAAAUACAAAACAGAGAUUUAAUUGGUGGUGUGAACUGGCAGAACUGUGCUGGCUCAGUGCCAGUUCACAUUCUUGGAGGACACAGGUCCAGAUCUAUUCAGUGAGGAAACCAGAGUCCUCCCAAAGCUCUCCUAACUGAAAGGAGGUGGUAGAGCCAGCCUUUGGAAAGCAGUAUUAUGUCCUGACUGUUAGCCAGAAGCACUUGCAUCGUCCUGUCUUUGCCAUGUAUUUCAUUGUUUUGGGUUUUUUAAUUACUAAACUCUGUAGUUUGGUUUUUUUUUUUUACUUGGACAAAGUCAAUCCUGCCACCCAGUAACAUAGAUGGAGGUUUUAACAAGAUAUGCCUAGUAUGCAUUGUAGACUGAAAGAAUGUAAUAUUUAUUUAUACCUGUUAUAUGAAUUGUAAUUAAAAUGCUUUACACGGCUUGACAAA